AUGCCGGACCAACCCCUACUGGUACUGUAUGGUACCGAAACUGGGACCGCGAUGGAUUUGGGUGAGGCUUUGUGGAGAGAAUGCAAGAAACGAGGAGUGUCAGUCCGGCUAAUGCCCUUUGAUGAAUAUAAUCUCAAUGUUGGUAAUUUUUAUACCUUUUCAUGUUUUUAAAUGUCUUACUUUUGUUUUUUGAGAGUUUUUAAAGUGUUUUGUAAAGUGGUGGGGAAGUUAUUGAAAAAAGUAACGAAGUGCCACAAAAUUUAUCGGAUUUUGGAAAAUUAGCUAAUAUGUUAGCAAAUAGAUUAAAAUCUGCAAAACAAUGUCAGAAUAAGAUUAUUUAAACUUAAAAUAGUUUUCUCAACGCAAAUUAUUCUAGGAUCUACCAUCCGAACCCCUAGUAAUAUUCAUCGUAUCCACCAGCGGCAAUGGUGAAUUACCAUCGACAAUGCGUGAAAACUGGCGACGAUUACUGAAUAAACAAAUACCAACAGACUGGCUAGAUGAAACCGAAUUCAUUUGUUUCGGGUUGGGCGAUUCAAGCUAUCAAAAAUUCAAUUUUGCCGCCAAAAAGCUAUUUCGAAGGCUAUUGCAAUUGUCAGCAACUUUAUUGUCAGAGCUUUAUUUGGCCGAUGAUCAACAUGAAUUAGGCCCUUAUGGAUUGUUCAACGAGUUUUUGGAGAAAUUCUGGGCAAUUCUGAAAGAAAAACGGUCGAUUUUUAAGGUAAAAAGGGUGAAAUAGUGGCUUUUCAUGGUGUAUAUGACAGUUUUUUGGUUUUACCUCUCUGGGUUUCGAUUAUUUUGGACUGGUUUUUGAAUUUCAUGAUAUUAAACAAAAUUUUCGUUAUAAUAAAUAUAGUUUUAGUGCAAUAUUUUAAUUGUAAAAUCAGUAUUUUAGACUUUCCAUCAACAACCAGACCCUCAUUUCCCUUACAAAUUCGAAAUCGGACCGCCAGAAGCGAUUGAAAGCCACAGUAGCGAGUUUGUUGAAGUACAAUGCUUGAAAAAUGAACGGGUAACAUCAGAAGACCAUUUUCAAGAAACCAGAUUAAUCUCCUUCUCCACAGACGUUCCUCAAGAACAUCACGAUCGACUACAAUAUGAACCGGGCGAUGUUCUUAUGAUCCAACCCAACAAUCUUCCAGAAAGUAUAACCCUAACCAAAACGGCAUUACAUUUAACUGAAGAUGUCCUAAGUCGACCGUUUAGUAUCAUACCAACCGAAGAUACUAUCAAACUACCACCAGUAUGGCUAAUACCACAACCUACCACCCUAAAUCAUGUGUUGAACAACUACUUUGACCUUCAAAUGAUCCCAAAACAAUCGUUUUUCAAAACUCUGGCCAGCUUCUCCCAAAAUGAAAUGGAAAAAGAGCGUCUGGAGGAACUGUACGAUCCUCAGAACCUGGAUGAAUAUCUGGAUUAUGCUCAACGACCAAGACGAACAAUAGCAGAAACUUUGAGGGAUUUCGUCGCAACUUCAGCAACUUUCUUUGAAAAUCUGGAAUUCGAAAAGGCGGUGCAAAGACUAUUCGAAUUGUUUGUACCAAUAAGACCAAGAGCUUUCAGCAUAGCAUCAAGUCCAACGGCUCACAAAGGAAUGAUUCAGGUUAUUGUAGCAAAGGUGGGUAACUUUGAAAAGGUGUUACUGUAGGUUAUGAUAGAGGUAAAGAAUGAAAUUUAAGUAUAAAAUGCAGGAAAAUGAAUGGAAGUUAUGGUAGUUGCAAGCAAAACCCUUAAAAGUUUUGUUAGAUUAGUUAAAAAUUCAAAAAAAUGGCUAAAAACGCCUAAAAAUCUUAAAUUUUGGACAUGGAUAACAUAAUUUAAUCACAAAUUUAUGAAAAUAAACAAAAAAUUUUAGAAAACCUAUUUUAAUUGUGUCAAAACAAAUAUCGUUUGAUUUUUAAAAGUUUAAAAAUAAUCGGAAAACACAUCUAAAAGUUAUGUAUAAAAAUUUAUAUUAUCCAUGGUACAAAUCGGGGAUGGAGCCAGUUUAAAUGUCAGUUUGGCAAAACUGUGUAACCGUUUAUCUAAAAUACUAAAACAAAAAGAUGUAGAAUUAAAUUCCGACCAUUUUGAAUACAAAUUUACAAAGUUUUAAACCAUUUUCGGUGCAGAACAAACAAUAAACGAGCACGUUUCCCGCGAAAAACACCCAAGUGCUCCGCUCCGGCGCGAGCAAACCAAUGGCUAUGCGAACAAAAAGGGAAGGCCUCCGUGGGGGUAUAGCUCAGUGGCAGAGCAAUCGACUGCAGAUCGAUAGGUCCCUGGUUCAAAUCCGGGUGCCCCCUAAAGGCUUUUUUGCACUUUUGAGCGGCCGGUGUGGUACAAUGUGAUGUUUUAAGGUUGUGUGUGACUUGGUAUUAGGUUUUAGGUAAUUUUAAGGGUAUUUUCAAAAGAUUUUUAGUGUUAAAAAUGACAUUUUUGAGGCAAAUAUUGGUUUUUAGGCAAAAAAUGGCGUAAAAGUUGUGAAAUUAGGCCUAUAGUUAAUCUUUUAGGUGUCCUACCGGUCGAUUGUGAUGAAAGAACAUAGAAAAGGAUUGUGCAGCACAUUUUUGGCUCAAAUUCAUCCCGGUGAUAAGGUAAAAUACGAUGUUAAUAACCGUUGUUUGUAUAUUGUAUAGUCUUCACAAACAGUGUGAUAAAAUCAAAACAAUUGUAAAGAAAGUUUUUGUUUUAGGUCUACGUGAUGAUAAGAAAAGGCACAUUUAAAUUUCAAAACCUGUACAGUAACCCGAACCUCAAGGCGAUCUGUGUGGGACCAGGAACUGGCAUAGCACCGUUUCGGUCAUUUUGUGCUGAAGUUGAACAAAAAUCGACCAGUGAUUUGGAAAACAUGAUGAAUAUGGAAGAAACAGUUACUGGGAAUUCUGAAAAUGCAAAAAAGUUAGGUCAAAAAGGUCGAAAAUCAACUGAUACAGAGGAAAAUUUGAAGAAAUCGGCGGAUGAAUCGCUGAAAACGGUCGAAAAAUGUGUCGUAUUCUUUGGAUGUCGUAACGAAAACAAGGAUUUUUACUUCAAAGAGGAUUGGGGCACCAUGAGGACCACUACCAUGGUACCAGCUUUUUCUAGGCCAGAGGAAAAGGACCAGAAAGCUUAUGUUCAAGAUAAAAUAAGGGCUUUUGGAGAGGAGAUUUGGAACGUUUUGAGAGAUAACGGUAGGGUUUUUAGCCAAAUUUUAGAAAAUACGACAUAAUUUUGACCUUCGUUUGUAAACAUAAUAAUUUCAGGCAGUAUUUUCGUAGCCGGCAGAGCCAAAGAAAUGCCAGAUGAAGUGAUAAAAGCCAUUAAAGAUGUCAUAGUCAACGUUGGUCAUAUCGAAAAUCCCGAUGAAUUCAUGAAUCAGAUGGAAAAACAAGGGCGGAUUCAGUUUGAAACUUGGGAUUAG